CUUCUUCACCUCAAGAUCUCAAAAACAAAAAGAGAAAUCAAUCAAAACCUUAGGGUUUCUACUAAUUUAUGUGUGUGAUGAUAAGAGAAUCAUCAUCGUCAUGGGAGGAGUAACUUCAUCAAUCGCCGCAAAAUUCGCUUUUUUCCCGCCAUCACCACCGUCUUACGGAUUUGUUUCCGACGUUGACCGAUUAUAUAUAACAGAAGUACCUCGCCGUGAUGAUGUUGAUGUAUUGAAGCUAAAGACUCGUCGUGGUAACGAGAUUGUAGCUAUUUAUAUUAAACAUCCUAAAGCUAAUGGUACGCUUUUGUAUUCACAUGGUAACGCUGCUGAUUUGGGUCAAAUGUUUGAGCUUUUUGUUGAGCUUAGUAAUCGUCUCCGACUUAAUCUCAUGGGGUAUGACUACUCUGGUUAUGGUCAGUCUACUGGAAAGGCAAGUGAAUGUAAUACAUAUGCUGAUAUAGAUGCAUCAUAUACCUGCCUCAAGGAACAUUAUGGUGUAAAAGAUGAUCAACUGAUCUUAUAUGGUCAGUCUGUUGGUAGUGGACCAACGAUUGAUCUAGCUUCACGCACGCCUAAUUUAAGAGGGGUGGUUUUGCACAGCCCUAUUCUCUCUGGGAUGAGAGUUUUGUAUCCGGUUAAACGUACAUAUUGGUUUGACAUUUACAAGAAUAUCGACAAGAUCGGUGCAGUUACAAGUCCUGUCUUAGUAAUCCAUGGGACUGCAGAUGAAGUGGUUGAUUGUUCUCAUGGAAAACAACUUUGGGAACUUUCAAAAGAGAAGUAUGAACCUUUAUGGGUAUCUGGAGGAGGACACUGCAAUCUAGAACUCUAUCCAGAGUUCAUAAAACAUUUGAAGAAAUUCGUAAUAUCGAUUUCCAAACCCAAGGGACCAAGAAAUGGUUCGAACAAGACUGUAACGACGGAUACAACCAAAAACCAGAGCAAGCCUUCAGAGAACGGUCGUUCUGAUACAUUUCAACUCGGUUGCUGCCUCCCAGAAGUUUCUAGAAACAGUGUAGACAGUCAGCUGGAGAAAUCUAAGAAGACUAGUAAACCGGAGAAGUCCCGAAUGAGCAUUGAUAGGUUUAGAAGGAAAAAAGGUCUAGUCUGGUGACAUAAAGAGGCUUGUGUAUGUAUUUUCUGAUAGAAACAGAUCAAACUCAAAAGUCUUGAUUUCAUAUUUGGUUGUAACUUUUUCAUGGUACAAAAGCUGUAAUGACUGACUAGUUUUACAUUAAUACCACCUGGUUACUUUUCCCAUAACAAGAAAACCCCGAGACCUGAACAUAACCGAAUAUCCGAGUACUAGACUUUAGAUAAUAUAAUGUGGUUUUAUAG